UGCAGGCCUCGAGGCCGGGACCGUCACUGGGGACCCGGCGGGAGCGCGGCCGGCGCGGCACCCCGUGGCGGAGCCCACCUCUCCUCCCUCGCCUGCGCUGUUGUCCCUGGAGCCUAAUGACAGCGCCGCCGGCUCCUGCUGACCCUCUCGCGGCUGAGCUGAGCGCCCGCCUGCCGCGGCCCGGUGCCCCGUCGCCCCGUGCUGCUGAAGCCUGAGGCCGUGCCGCAGCCCUGCCCAGCCCGCACCGCCUCGCCCCCCGCCCGGGGCCCUCAGCAAGGCACCGCGCCAUGGACUCCAUGUUCGAGGACGACAUCAGCCUCCUGACGCCGGAGGCGCUGGGGCAGGACGAGGACUGGCUCGACAGCCCCACCACGGACCUCUCGGGCGAGACCUGCUCGGCCUCCCACUUCGCCCUCAUCACCGCCUACGACGACAUCAAGAACCGGCUCACGGGGCUGGAGCGCGAGAACUCCUCGCUGCGCCGCCGCCUCAAGACCUACGAGAUCAAGUACCCGCUCAUCGGCGAGUUCGGCGAGGAGCACAUCUUCUCCCUCUACGAGGCCCAGGAGACCUCGCUGCUCAAGAGCGAGAAGGCGUCGCUGCAGCAGCAGCUCAACCAGUUCCAGCACGAGCUGCAGAAGAGCAAAGAGCGGGAGGAGCAGCUGGACGAGAUGAUCCAGGCCUACGAGAAGCUCUGCGUGGAGAAGAGCGACCUGGAGUCGGAGCUGGGCGAGAUGCGGGCGCUCGUGGAGACGCACCUGAGCCGCAUCCGGAGCCUGGAGCAGCAGCUGCGGCAGCGCGACGGCAGCACCUUCGGCAGCCUCGGCGCCCCGCUGCCCGGCCAGGAGGUGCCGUUCCUGCCGCUGCACGGCAGCCCCGGCCUGAGCCACGUGCUGGAUUGCCCCGUGGGCUGGCCCAGCCGCGGCCUGGAGCAGCUGGAGGCCGAGCUGGAGGCGGCGCGGCAGGAGGCCCAGCGCGCCCAGCACCGCGAGGAGCACCUCAAAGCCGAGUGCGAGCGGCUGCAGGCGGAGCUCACGCAUCUGCAGGAGACGCGGGCGCAGGAGCAGUCGGAGCGGGACAUGGCCUGGGUGAAGAAGGUGGGCGACGACCAGGUGAACCUGGCGCUGGCCUACACGGAGCUGACGGAGGAGCUGUGCCGCCUGCGCGGCCUCAGCGCCCUGCAGAGCCAGAUCCUGCACGCGCUGCUGCAGGAGAAGAGCCUCAACGGCGGCCAGCGCCACUCGCCGCUGUCCCAGUGCCACUCGCCGGCCCAGCAGCGCCGCUCGCCCGCCCCGCAGGGCCCCCCGCCCGCCGCGCCGGGCCGGGCCCCCGCGCCCCCCUGCCAGUCGCCGGCGCUGCAGCGGCGCUCCCCGGCCCCCGCCGGCAGCCCCUCGCCGGCCCCCCAGCGCCGCUCGCCGGCCCCCGGCCCCGGGCAGUCACCGGCGCAGCAGCGGCGCUCGCCGGCCCCCGCCGCCGCCAGCCAGUCGCCCGGGCAGCAGCGGCGCUCGCCGGCCCCGCCGCCCGGCCCGGCCCCGGCCGCGGCGUCUCCGCACCGGGCGCCGGAGCCGGGCUACGCCAAGCCCUCGAGCCGCCACAUCAAAGCCAGCUUCCAGGGGCGCCGGAGCUACUCGGAGGUGAGCAACGUGGCGCCGUGCCAGCAGGGCCGCGCGCUCUGGCUGCAGCCCGAGGCGGCGACGCUGCCCAAGCCGCGGCCCUACGGCGAGCUCUACCUGGGCGCCGCGCCGGGGCCCCGGCAGCCCUUCGCCGAGCACGUGCGCUUCGAGAAGCAGUCGUCGGACGAGGACGAGUGGGCCGUGCCCAGCCCGCCCAGCCCCGAGGCCGGCGCCGUCCGCUGCGCCUCGUUCUGCGCCGGCUUCCCCAUCCCCGCCGCCGCCGCCGCGCGCCGGACUGCGGCCGCCUACGCCCGCGCCGAGCACGCCCAGUCCUGGCCCUCCAUCAACCUGCUGCUGGAGGCGGCGGAGUCGGAGGCGCGGAGCUGCCCGCUCUGCCAGCUCGCCUUCCCCGUCGGCUACCCGGACGCCGCGCUGGUGAAGCACAUCGACUCGCACCUGGAGAACAGCAAGAUCUGAGGGCGCCGCGUCGGCGCGUCGUGCCGGCCGCCCGCCCCGGGAUCCGGCUGCUGCGUGGCCCCGCGCGCGGCGGCACGGCGCCCCAAAUACCUCCGAGGCCUCGGGAGCUGCGGCCGGACUGCCGGAGCCCCCAGCCCCCGGCCCGGCCCCGCGCGUGGAGGUGGGUCUCCCCGGCCCUGUGGGUGCGGAGCCGGCCCCCCCCCCCCCCCCCGCCCUCGGGUUUCUCUGCUUGAUCUCAGGGAGGAUUUGAGGGAACGGAUCCCGCGUCCGGGCCCCAGAAAGCAGGCGAAGGGCAGGGGCUGCCUGUCCUCGGUCCCCCCCGGCCACCUCGUCCCACCGGUUCAAGCAUCUUUCCAGGCUUUUACAUUAAAAGCGUUGCCCCCCCUACGUUCCUGCCCCAUCUCCCCACGAUGAUGCUGCUGAGAAAGGAAACCCGCUGCACCGCGCCGGGUCCCGGUGCCACCGGAGCCACCGCUCCGAGCGCAGCCGGCCGGUGCCAGAGCCCCGGGAGCGCGGGAACGGCCUGCAUCCGCCUCCCUCCCUCCGGCCCGCGCGAGCAUCUCCCCCUCCGCAGCACGGCCCCCCCCCCGCGCCCCCGGCCCCGUCCCCGGGGCUGCGACAGCCCUGUGCCCCCCUGCACUGCCCCACACCUCCCCACACCUCCCACGUUAAAUCUACCUCAAAGCCGCCAGGCUGGGAGCCGGGAGCGAGGGGGUCCCGCGCCGGGGGGGGUCCGCCCACCCGCCGCCCCCGCUCCGCGCUGCAUGCCCCCGCGCGACGCCUCCGCACGCACCGAGCAAGGGCUCCGGGGCGGCCCCCCACUACCACCGCGCUCCCACCGGCUCCUCCGCCGCGGCGGCCCCGAAACACCACCGACUCCAAUAAACCCCUUCCCCAGGCUGA